CCUACUUUUAACAAGCACGUUUUUCGCUCUCUCUCUCUUAGACAGCUCCAGAAACCCUAAUAUCAGAAGAAGCCGUCUAUAGUCACAGUCUUUUGGUCCACACCAUUCCUCAGAAUUUGUGAAAGAGGCACAAAUAUACGCCAAUACCUUUCAUCUAAGUCCCCCUCAAAUCCAGCAUCAUCGUCAACACUCUCUGAAUCGGAUUUCUCUGUUCAGUAUCCAUGGCGGAUUCGAUCGAGUCGUUGGUUUCUGUUACCGGGUCGAUCACAGUUUCAUCUACCAAGAAGCGGGUUCGGGUAUUCCGAGAUGAAGUCCAGCCAUUUCUCGACAAUUCAGUGAUGUCUACUGAGCUUACGUCGGUAUUGGUAGAUAUCAUUUUCAAAACAUUGUUUAUUUAUGAUGAUCGGGGAUCCAGGAAAGCUGUUGAUGAUCUGAUCACAAAAGCUUUACGUGAGGUUAUAUUUAUGAAAAGUUUCGCAGCAACCCUUGUACAGGUCAUGGAAAAGCAAUUAAAGUUCCAAUCCCCUGUAGGCUGCUAUAGACUUCUCAAGUGGUCAUGUCUUCUUUUAACUAAGAGUCAGUUUGCCUCGGUAUCAAAAAAUGCACUAUGCAGAGUAGCUGCAGCACAAGCAUCAGUACUUCAUAUUGCCAUGCAAGGAUCUUUUCGUGAGCGAAGGGCUUGCAAGCAAACAUUUUAUCAUUUAUUCUCUGAGUCACCUGAUAUCCUCAAAUUCUACAUGGAAGAACUAAAGGAUGCAAGGAUCCCAUAUAAAGAUUGUCCGGAGCUAAUACGGUUUAUACUGGAGUUUUCAGUUUCAAUUCCAUCUUUAUUUGCAGAAUGGAAGCAAAUAUUUCUUGAUAUGUAUGUUAAAGCGGUUUUAAAUGCAAGGGAAAAGCCAGCUAAGGAUCUGAGUGAAGCUUUUCGUCCGCUGUUCACUCAUUUGUUGCAUGAGGAUUUUAAGAAUAUUGUGGUUCCAUCAUCUGUUAAAAUGUUAAAACGCAACCCUGAACUUGUGUUAGAAUCAGUUGGGGUUCUUUUGAAAUCCGUCAACCUUGAUUUGAGUAAGUAUGCUAUCGAGAUUCUUUCAGUAAUAUUACCACAGGUUCGCCAUGCUGAUGAAGGAAGAAGGCUCUGGGCGUUAGCUAUAGUAGGGUGUUUGAGCCAAAAGUCUAGUAACCCAGAUGCUGUAGAAGCAAUGUUUAGUGCUGUGAAAGCUGUAAUCGGAGGUUCUGAAGGAAGACUUGCAUUUCCGUACCAGAGAGUUGGCAUGAUCAAUGCACUGCAAGAAUUAUCUAAUGCCCCUGAAGGAAAAUGUCUCAAUAGCCUGUCAGCAACUAUAUGUGGCUUUCUUUUAUCUUGUUACACUGAUGAUGGAAAUGAAGAGGUAAAGCUUGCAAGUUUGUCGGCUAUAGCUUCUUGGGCAGCAAGGUCUGCAGAGGCUAUUCAGCCAGAUGUAGUUUCUUUCCUUGCUUCUGGCCUCAAGGAGAAGGAAGCUUUAAGAAGGGGUCAUCUUCGUUGCCUACGAGUCAUGUGCCGAAAUGCUGAAGUUGUUAUAAAGAUAUCAUCUUUGCUGGUGCCUCUUGUCCAACUUGUAAAAACUGGUUUUACAAAAGUGGCACAGCGUUUGGAUGGCAUAUAUGCGUUGCUUUGUGUUGCAAAAAUUGCGGCUGUCGAUAUCAAAGCAGAUGAGAUUGUAUCGAAGGAGAAGGUUUGGUCAUUGAUAUCUCAGAAUGAACCUUCACUUCUACCAAUUGCCAUGGCUUCUAAACUGCCGGCUGAGGACUGUAUGGCAUGUAUUGAUCUUCUCAAGGUGCUACUGGUGGAGCAUUCGCACAGAAUGUUGGAGACUGUACCCAUGAGAUCACUAUUGCAGUUUGUACUUUACUUACUAUGCCAUCCAAGCUGGGACAUCCGUCGGGAGGCUUAUGAUUCUACAAAAAAGAUUGUUGCUACUUCUCCACAAUUAUCUGAAGCUCUAUUACUUGAAUUUUCAAAUUAUCUUUCUGUUGUUGGAGAAAAGAUACUUUUUCUGAAGACAAGUGAUGAAAAUUCGUUGGAUGCUCAAGUUCUUUUCCUUCCGUCUGUUGAGGUUUUGGUGAAGGCUCUAGUUACUAUAUCAUCUUCAGUUUUGGCUGCUUCUCCAACUGUAAUUAUGCAAGUUAUUUUCUGCUCACAUCAUCCUUGUCUAGUUGGUACAGCAAAACGAGAUACUGUGUGGAGGAGGCUCCAGAAGUGUUUGCAAACACUUGGCUUUGAUGUCAUUAGCCUUAUUACGGUCAACAUGGCUAAUUUGUGCCAGAGUUUGCUUGGACCAAUGGGGUUGAUGAGUGCUAAUUAUCUUGAACAAGAAGCUGCAAUAUGUACUUUUUCGACAUUGAUGUCUAUAACACCCAGAGAGACCUAUGUAGAGUUUGAAAAGCACUUAAAAAUUAUUCCAGACCGUCAUGCACAUGAUACACUUACCGAAAAUGACAUUCAGAUCUUUCAUACUCCUGACGGGACACUUUCUAGUGAACAAGGUGUUUAUAUUGCGGAGUCUGUUGCUGUUAAGAACACAAAACAAGCCAAAGGCCGUUUCCGGAUGUAUGAGAACAACGAUGACAUGGAUCAUGUCAGCUCCAACCAUUCUGUAAAGAGGGAGCCUGCGAGCAAAGAGGUUACUGGUGCGGGCAGAAAGGAACUUGGGAAGUCAACAAAGAAAACUGAUAAGGGAAAGACGGCAAAAGAAGAGGCACGUGAGUUGCAGCUUAGAGAGGAAGCAUGCAUACGCGAGAAGGUUAUGUCUAUACAAAAAAAUCUUUCUGUGUUGCUGAGAGCUCUGGGGGAGAUGGUCGUAGCUAAUCCUGUUUUUGCGCACAGUGAACUACCUUCCCUGGUUAAGUUCGUCGAACCUUUAUUACGCUCGCCAAUAGUAAGUGAUGUGGCCUAUGAAACCAUGGUGAAGCUUUCCAAAUGUACUGCACCUCCUCUCUGUAAUUGGGCCCUUGACAUUGCUACUGCUUUGCGGUUAAUUGUGAGCGAGGAAGUUAGUGUUCUAUGGGAUCUAAUUCCAUCUGCUGGUGAAGGGGAGGCCAAGGAAAGGCCCUCCUUGGGUCUUUUUGAGCGGGUGGUAAAUGGAUUAUCAGUUUCUUGUAAAACUGGACCUCUUCCCGUGGAUUCAUUUACGUUUGUUUUCCCGAUAAUGGAGAGGAUACUGUUAUCUUCCAAGAAGACUGGACUCCACGAGGAUGUUCUUCGGAUUCUUUUUCUGCACAUGGAUCCCAUAUUACCCCUACCUAGGCUUCGAAUGCUAUCAGUACUUUAUCAUGUUCUUGGGGUUAUUCCUGCUUAUAAAGGAUCUGUUGGGCCAGCAUUGAAUGAGUUGUCUCUGGGUCUGCAACGGGAUGAAGUGGCACCUGCUCUUUAUGGAGUUUAUGCCAAAGAUGUUCAUGUAAGGAUAGCCUGCUUAAAUGCCAUAAAGUGCAUCCCAGCUGUUGCUAGCCGUUCUCUUCCUCAGAAUGUUGAGGUUGCAACAAGCAUUUGGAUUGCUUUGCAUGAUCUGGAAAAGUCUGUUGCAGAAUUGGCAGAAGACAUUUGGGAUCGCUAUGGGUAUGACUUUGGGACUGACUAUUCUGGACUUUUGAAAGCACUUUCCCACGUUAACUAUAAUGUUCGUUUCGCUGCUGCGGAAGCAUUGUCUGCUGCAUUGGAUGAAAACCCCGAUACCAUACAGGAAUGCCUUUCGACCCUAUUUUCAUUGUAUAUCCGUGAUGCUGGUUUCGGUGAGGACCAUAUUGAUGCUGGUUGGCUAGGCAGACAAGGGAUAGCUUUGGCUUUACAUUCUGCAGCUGAUGUUCUGAGAACCAAAGACCUUCCCGUUGUUAUGACAUUCCUGAUAUCGCGAGCACUGGCUGAUGCUAAUGCAGAUGUCCGGGGAAGAAUGAUAAAUGCUGGUAUCAUGAUUAUUGAUAAGCAUGGAAAAGAUAACGUGUCUUUGUUAUUUCCGAUUUUUGAGAACUACUUAAACAAAAAGUCACCAGAUGAAGAAAAGUAUGAUUUGGUGCGUGAGGGUGUUGUUAUUUUUACUGGUGCUUUGGCAAAACAUUUGGCAAAGGAUGAUCCGAAGGUUCAUGCUGUUGUAGAGAAGUUAUUGGAUGUUUUAAACACCCCAUCUGAAGCUGUUCAAAGGGCAGUCUCAUCCUGCUUAUCUCCGCUAAUGCAAUCGAAACAUGAAGAUGGACCAGUGCUUGUUUCAAGGCUUUUGGAUCAGCUGAUGAAGAGUGACAAAUAUGGGGAGCGCCGUGGAGCUGCAUUUGGACUUGCUGGGGUGGUUAAGGGAUUUGGAAUUUCAUGUCUGAAGAAGUAUGGAAUUGUGGCUACGUUGCAAGGUGGUCUCGUGGAUAGGAAUUCUGCUAAAUGCCGUGAGGGUGCAUUACUUGCGUUUGAGUGCCUUUGUGAGAAGCUUGGUAGAUUAUUUGAACCGUAUGUAAUUCAAAUGUUACCACUACUUUUGGUUUCCUUUUCUGAUCAAGUUGUUGCAGUUCGAGAAGCUGCUGAAUGUGCUGCUCGUGCAAUGAUGUCACAACUUAGUGCACAGGGGGUGAAACUUGUUCUUCCGUCACUUUUAAAGGGCCUUGAAGAUAAAGCUUGGCGGACGAAGCAAAGUAGUGUGCAACUUCUUGGUGCUAUGGCUUAUUGCGCUCCACAGCAGCUGUCUCAAUGCCUCCCUAGGAUUGUGCCUAAGUUGACAGAGGUGCUAACAGACACCCAUCCCAAAGUUCAGUCAGCAGGGCAAACGGCCCUUACGGAGGUUGGGAAUGUGAUAAAGAAUCCGGAAAUAUCUUCUCUUGUCCCUACUCUUUUAAUGGGUCUCACAGACCCCAAUGACUAUACAAAAUACUCCCUUGAUAUUCUCCUCCAAACAACUUUUGUUAAUUCAAUCGAUGCUCCUUCACUUGCACUGUUGGUGCCUAUAGUGCAUAGAGGGUUGAGGGAAAGGGGUGCAGAAACUAAAAAGAAAGCUGCCCAAAUAGUUGGAAAUAUGUGUUCGUUAGUAACCGAACCGAAGGACAUGAUUCCCUAUAUAGGAUUGCUCCUUCCUGAAGUAAAGAAGGUUCUUGUCGAUCCAAUUCCUGAAGUCCGGUCUGUUGCUGCAAGGGCCCUUGGUUCUCUUAUAAGAGGAAUGGGAGAAGAAAACUUCCCAGAUCUUGUUUCGUGGUUGUUAGAUACACUUAAGUCUGAUAAUAGUAAUGUUGAACGCUCUGGAGCAGCCCAAGGGCUGAGCGAGGUUUUGGCUGCAUUAGGAACAGAAUACUUUGAGCAUAUACUUCCCGAUAUUAUUCGGAACUGUUCUCAUCAAAAGGCAUCUGUGCGUGAUGGGCAUCUGACACUUUUUAAGUAUUUGCCAAGGUCAUUAGGUGUCCAAUUCCAGAACUAUUUGCAGCAGGUGCUCCCUUCUAUCUUAGAUGGCCUAGCAGAUGAGAAUGAAUCUGUCCGUGAAGCAGCACUCAGUGCUGGGCACGUUCUGGUGGAGCAUUAUGCAACGACUUCUUUGCCUCUGCUCCUUCCAGCUGUAGAAGAUGGUAUUUUUAAUGACAAUUGGCGUAUACGGCAAAGUUCUGUGGAAUUAUUAGGUGAUCUAUUGUUUAAGGUGGCUGGAACUUCUGGAAAAUCACUGCUUGAGGGUGGUAGUGAUGACGAAGGGUCUAGUACUGAAGCACAUGGCCGUGCUAUUAUUGAGGUGCUUGGAAUGAAUAAGCGUAAUGAAGUUCUUGCUGCGCUGUAUAUGGUUCGAACUGAUGUCAGCUUAUCAGUGCGCCAGGCUGCAUUACAUGUAUGGAAGACUAUAGUUGCAAACACUCCAAAGACGCUCAAGGAAAUAAUGCCAGUUUUAAUGAAUACAUUAAUUGCUUCUCUUGCAUCUUCAUCCUCUGAAAGACGACAGGUUGCUGGACGGUCACUAGGUGAGCUUGUUAGGAAGCUUGGGGAAAGAGUGCUUCCUUUGAUCAUUCCCAUUUUAUCUAAGGGGCUAAAGGAUACCAAUACCAGCAGAAGACAAGGAGUAUGCAUUGGUCUGAGUGAAGUGAUGGCCAGUGCUGGUAAGAGUCAGCUAUUGAGUUUUAUGGACGAGCUUAUCCCUACUAUCCGGACUGCCCUUUGUGAUAGCACGCCUGAAGUUCGUGAGUCUGCAGGUUUAGCAUUCAGCACACUUUACAAGAGUGCUGGAAUGCAAGCAGUUGAUGAAAUUGUCCCUACUCUUCUACAUGCUUUGGAAGAUGAUUUAACCUCAGAAACUGCUCUUGAUGGCCUCAAACAAAUCUUAAGUGUCAGGACUACUGCUGUUUUGCCUCAUAUUUUGCCCAAGCUGGUCCAUCUACCCCUUUCUGCCUUCAAUGCACAUGCUCUGGGAGCUCUAGCAGAAGUUGCUGGACCUGGUCUUGACUUCCACCUUUGUACUGUUCUUCCUGCGUUACUCUCUGGAAUGGGUGAUGAUGACAUGGCUAUUCAAAAUUUGGCGAAGAAGGCUGCAGAAACUGUUGUCUUGGUUAUUGAUGAGGAAGGCAUUGAAUCAUUAAUAUCAGAGCUUCUUAAAGGUGUUAAUGAUAACCAGGCUAUAAUUAGAAGAAGUUCUUCAUAUUUGAUGGGAUACUUCUUCAAAAACAGCAAAUUGUAUUUGGUUGAUGAAGCUCCAAACAUGAUAUCUACACUGAUUAUUUUGCUUAGCGAUUCGGAUUCUGCUACAGUUGCGGUUGCCUGGGAAGCUUUGUCUAGGGUGAUUAGUUCAAUUCCCAAGGAAGUUCUACCUUCAUAUAUAAAGUUAGUUCGUGAUGCUGUAUCAACAUCCAGAGAUAAAGAGCGUAGGAAAAAGAAGGGAGGGCCAGUUGUAAUACCUGGGUUCUGUCUUCCUAAAGCUCUUCAGCCAUUGCUUCCUAUCUUCCUCCAGGGUCUGAUAAGUGGGUCAGCAGAACUAAGAGAGCAGGCAGCUCAGGGUCUUGGGGAGUUGAUUGAAGUUACAAGCGAACAAACGCUAAAGGAGUUUGUUAUCCCAAUUACAGGGCCUCUGAUUCGAAUUAUAGGUGAUCGGUUCCCUUGGCAAGUGAAGAGUGCCAUUCUGUCAACUUUGUGCAUCAUAAUAAGAAAGGGCGGUAUAGCCCUUAAACCUUUUCUCCCACAGCUUCAAACAACGUUUAUCAAGUGCCUACAGGAUAACACAAGGACUGUGCGUUCAAGCGCUGCCCUCGCACUUGGGAAGCUUAGUGCACUCAGUACUAGAGUUGAUCCUUUAGUUGGCGAUCUUCUAACCAGUUUGCAGGCAUCGGAUGGUGGUGUCCGGGAGGCCAUUUUGACUGCUUUAAAAGGUGUCCUCAAGCAUGCUGGGAAGAGUGUGAGUGCUGCUGUUAGAACCCGAGUCUAUGCUCUCCUCAAGGAGUUUAUUUAUGAUGAUGAUGACCAAAUACGAAGUUCUGCCGCAAGCAUGUUGGGCAUUAUAUCGCAGUACAUGGAAGAUGGUCAGCUUUCUGACCUGCUAGAGGAACUCUUGAAUUCGGCCUCAUCUCCUAGCUGGCACACUAGGCAUGGCUCAGUACUUGCAAUCUCAUUCAUACUAAGGCAAAAUACUUCCUCGAGUCGCAUGUCUCCAAUGUUCCCAAAUAUUGCAGACUGCCUUAAACAUACGUUAGAAGAUGAGAAGUUUCCCAUUCGUGAAACAUCAACAAAGGCAUUGGGAAGGCUUCUACUUCAUCUAACUCAGAGUGAUCCUUUAAACACUACUUCACACCUAGAAAUUCUUGCAUCCAUGGUGUCAGCUAUGCAGGAUGACUCCAGUGAAGUCAGAAGAAGGGCAUUGUCAGCAUUGAAAACUGUUGCAAAAGCUAAUCCUAUGGCCAUUGCAAUCCAUGCUACAGUAUUCGGCCCUGCACUUGCUGAAUGUUUAAAGGAUGGAAAUACCCCUGUGAGACUAGCUGCAGAAAGAUGUGCCCUGCACACCUUCCAAUUGACAAAGGGUAGUGAAAAUGUUCUAGCUGCACAAAAGUUCAUCACAGGGCUGGAUGCUAGACGAAUUUCAAAAUUUCCUGAACAAAGUGAUGACAGUGAAGACAAUGAAGAUGACUUGGCAAGUGGCUGAUAAAUUGGCGAUUCUGUUAUCCAUGUCCAAAUUUUUGAUCUGCCCGGAUGGAACCUGCACAAGGUAUUUAAGUGAUCAAGACUGCCCCCAAAUUCUUUUUUGGUACAGGGGAGAUGCGUAUGUACACAAAGGAAGAGGACCGUACACAAUUUGCCACAAAUGUAAAUGUGAUUUUGAAAAAGAAAUCAUUUAACAUCCGAGGAACAAAUAGCCUCCAACUUUUGUAUAAUUUUUUUGGCGAAUGCUGAGGGAUAUUUGGGAGCUGAUUUACGAAAGCUGUAUAAAUUUGUAGUAUAUUUGUUAAAAAGUAAACAAAUUUUCGGUUGCUUUUGUCUAAUGUAUAUAAUUUUAUCA